AUGCCUGCUACUGCCUCACCCUUGAUACCAGAAAAGACAUCUGGUAGAGCCAAAUAUGUUGUCGGUGUAUGUGCCAUGGAUAGAAAAGCUAGAUCAAAGCCUAUGCGACAUAUCCUGAAUCGACUCUUAUCGCAUGGUGAUUUUGAAAUUGUCAUUUUUGGUGACAAGACUAUUUUGGAUGAAGACGUCGAGAAUUGGCCUGGUUGCGAUUUCUUAAUUUGCUUUUUCUCUGGUGGAUUCCCAAUGCACAAAGCUGUAGCCUAUACGAAACUUCGAAAACCCUUCGAGACGAGUAGUGUUGUCGAUCCUUGA